AGCAGCGAGAGAGAGAGAGAGAGAGGAAAACAGCUCCAAAAAUAGCUUUUUGAGAGAGAGAGAGAGAGAGAGAGAGGAAAACAGCUCCAAAAAAAGAGGUUUUGGAGGGAUUUGAAAGCUUCUUCAACGGCGGGCGAAUUUCUCAUAAUGGCGAGAUUUCCACUCCAAGAUCUAUGGUUUAUUCUCCGUAAUCGAAAAUGGAGUUUUAUUGCUACCAUUUAUUUGGUGGAUUUCUGGUAGCUUCUCUUUAAAAAUGGUGAAAAUCUUGCUUCAAAAUCUACAGUCAAGAUUCAUUGCUCUGUUCUACAAAUUGUAGUGAAGAUACUUUCGACAUUCUGACGGUUCCUUCCCGCUCCGAUGAAAAGGCCUAUUCGCUCUCUAUUCAGCCUUGUUCUUUUGAUUGCGGUCGGCACUGCACUAAGCUACAGAUCAGCAGUUCGCCACAGUUACUUUUCACGCCCUCUUGAAAACAUCACGACAAUUGGCCCACCCAUUGUAUUUAACUCGACUCUGCUUAAGUUUGCUGGAAUUGAUAUCGGAGAGGCAAAAACCCGUCAGGAUAUUGAUCAGUUACUUGACGGGGAUUUUGGUCACCAUGGGCAUUACCGUUCAAUGUCGUCUUGGCGGCGAUACAACCAUUUAGAUGAACAUCCAAGAUCUUCUGGCAGACUUCCUGCAUAUCUUCGUUCUCCAAAGUACAAUACACUCUGGCCAGAAUUCCGUAAACUCCUUCGUACUUGGUUCCGGAACAAAAGAUUCGAACCUGAUAUCAUGAAGGACUUGAUACAUGUAAUUAAGCGUCCGCUUGAUGAGCAUUAUGGGUUUGUGGAUCAUGGCCGUUUCUAUGCGUCUUGUGCCGUCAUUGGCAAUAGUGGGAUUCUUUUGAAGAGUGAGUAUGGUGAUUUGAUUGACAGCCAUGAGAUUGUGAUUCGAUUGAAUAAUGCUCGAACUGAUGGGUUCCAACAACACGUGGGUUCAAAAACCAACAUCUCGUUUGUAAACAGUAACAUCCUGCACCUAUGCUCACGCCGAAAAGGCUGCUUCUGCCAUCCGUAUGGCGAGAAUAUCGCGAUUGUUAUGUACAUUUGCCAAGCAGUGCACUUGAUGGACUACAUGCUGUGUAGUGCAUCACACAAGGCUCCUUUGCUCAUUACGGAUGCUCGCUUUGAUGUCUUGUGCACAAGGAUCGUGAAGUAUUACUCUUUGAAACGGUUUGUGGAGGAGACGAGAAAGGGCCCAAAAGAAUGGGGUGCAGCCCAUGAUGGUAGUUUGUUUCAUUACUCUUCGGGGAUGCAGGCUGUGAUGCUUGCGUUGGGAAUUUGUGAAAGGGUGAGUGUAUUUGGAUUUGGAAAAUCGACAGCAGCGAAACAUCAUUACCAUACUAACCAGAAGGCGGAGCUUCAUUUGCAUGAUUAUGAAGCAGAGUAUGAUUUUUACCGUGAUUUGGUUCAGAGACCGCAGGCAAUACCAUUCCUCAAGGACUCUCACCUCAAGGUUCCUCCUGUUGUGUUCUAUCAUUGAAGUAGCUUUGACCAAAUGUCUUGUUCCCAUGUUCAUGCAACCAUGUUCUCAUUGUAAUUUCCCACGAUGGAAGGAAAUCAUCCUGUGCUAAUCAAUUAGAAUUCAGGGUUCUUGUCAUUGUAAAAUUGGAAUCUUCAAAUGCAAUAUCAAAUUUUGGAUGCGGAUGCUUUGUUGUAAUUGUGACUUCCCUGAAAAGAAAGGAAAGUUUUUGAAGGAACCUCUAGGAAGAAACUCA